AUGGCGGUGGCCGUGGCGCGCGUGCUGCGGCUGGGCGGCCGCUGGAGUGCGUUGGCACCGCCCGGCGGCCUGCGCGCCCAGAAGUUAAGGCUAAUCUAUACCACUACAGCAGUGCAGAGGAAAAAUAUAGGAGCCUCAGGACCUGAGAAGUACACAGAAGAAUUUAUUGAAAAACAGAUUGAAGAGUUCAACCUAGGAAAGAGACAUUUAGCCAACAUGAUGGGAGAAGAUCCAGAAACUUUUACCCAAGAGGAUAUUGAUAAAGCUAUUGCCUAUCUCUUUCCUUCUGGCUUAUUUGAUGAACAAGCCAGGCCCAUGAUGAAGCAUCCUACUCAAAUUUUUCCAGAGCAGAGGAAAAUCCAGUGGGGAGAAGAUGGCCGACCGUUUCACUUUCUCUUUUAUACUGGCAAGCAGUCAUAUUAUUCAUUAAUGCAUGAAACAUAUGAAAAAUUCCUGAAUGUUCAGAAAUACCAAGACCAACUGUUAGCUCAAGACCUUCUUCCUCAGAAGGCAAAAAGAAACCUGGCUGGCUGCAGAUGGCUGACUAAGAUUGAAUUGGAAGAAAUGUUGUUAGAAAAACUGUCAGAUGAUGAUUAUUCAAGAUUUAUUCAACUCUUACAAAAACUGGCGACGCUGCCGUGUGGUGACAUCGAGGAGAAGCAUAUACAAAAGUUUUCCAAAGAAGUUCCUGCACAGUUGCAAAAGGUAGUUAUUGAGCCCUUGAAGUAUGAUGAGCGAGGAGUGGCUUUCAGCACUGGUGAAGGUAAAAGACAAACUGCAAGAGCUACUGCAGUAGUUUAUGACAAUGGGACUGGAAAAAUUACGGUGAAUGGAAUAGAUGUUUUACAUUAUUUCCCAGUGCUGCAGGACAGGGAACAGUUGUUCUUCCCUUUCCAGUUUCUUGGUAGGGUUGGAAAACAUGAUAUGAUUUGCACAGUCUCUGGUGGAGGAAGAUCUUCACAGGCUGGAGCAAUACGUUUAGCGUCUGCAAAAGCCUUAAAGAGUUUUGUGACAGAAAAGGAGGUGGAGUUCAUGAGGCAAGCUGGACUACUAACCUAUGACCCACGUGUGAGGGAACGAAAAAAGCCUGGUCAAGAGGGAGCCAGACGGAAAUUUACAUGGAAAAAGCGCUGAGGAUUUAGAGAAUGACAGAAUGCUCUGGGAAUUUCGAAGCAUAAUGAAUUGUGAUUUAAAACUACUGUAUAAAUGUAUUUAGUAAUAAAGACUUU